AUGACUCCCGUCCAGAAUGGAGCGCAGUCGAGAAUUAAAAUCUCGAAAGAGCAUGAUUUUGUCUGUCCGAGGUAUUGCUCGCAGGGUUGCGUCGAGAGAUUUGUAGAAGGCAUCCUUUAUCUCUUCAUCGGCAUCCUUUAUUUCUUCGUCGGCAUCCUUUAUCUCUUCGUCGGCAUCCUUUAUUUCUUCAUCGGCAUCCUUUAUCUCUUCGUCGGCAUCCUUUAUUUCUUCAUCGGCAUCCUUUAUUUCUUCAUCGGCAUCCUUUAUCUCAUCGUCGGCAUUCCUUAUCUCUUCAUCGGCAUCCUUUAUUUCUUCAUCGGCAUCCUUUAUCUCUUCGUCGGCAUUCUUUAUCUCUUCAUCGGCAUCCUUUAUCUCUUCAUCGGCAUCCUUUAUUUCUUCAUCGGCAUCCUUUUAUCUCAUCGUCGGCAUUCCUUAUCUCUUCAUCGGCAUCCUUUAUUUCUUCAUCGGCAUCAGCUUUAUCUCUUCAUCGGCAUCCUUUUAUCAUCUUCGUCGGCAUCCUUUAUCUCUUCAUCGGCAUCCUUUAUCUCAUCGUCGGCAUUCCUUAUCUCUUCAUCGGCAUCCUUUAUUUCUUCAUCGGCAUCCUUUAUCUCUUCGUCGGCAUUCUUUAUCUCUUCAUCGGCAUCCUUUAUCUCUUCGUCGGCAUCCUUUAUUUCUUCAUCGGCAUCCUUUAUCUCAUCGUCGGCAUUCCUUAUCUCUUCAUCGGCAUCCUUUAUUUCUUCAUCGGAAUCCUUUAUUUCUUCAUCAGCAUCCUUUAUCUCUUCGUCGGCAUCCUUUAUUUCUUCAUCGGCAUCCUUUAUCCCUUCGUCGGCAUCCUUUAUCUCUUCGUCGGCAUCCUUUAUCUCUUCGUCGGCAUCCUUUAUUUCUUCAUCGGCAUCCUUUAUCUUUUCGUCGGCAUUCUUUAUCUCUUCAUCGGCAUCCUUUAUUUCUUCAUCGGCAUCCUUUAUCUCUUCGUCGGCAUUCCUUAUUACUUCAUCGGAAUCCUUUAUCUCUUCGUCGGAAUCCUUAAUCUUUUCGUCGGCAUCCUUUAUUUCUUCAUCGGCAUCCUUUAUCUCUUCGUCGGCAUUCUUUAUCUCUUCAUCGGCAUCCUUUAUCUCUUCAUCGGCAUCCUUUAUUUCUUCAUCGGCAUCCUUUAUCUUUUCGUCGGCAUCCUUUAUCUCUUCGUCGGCAUCCUUUAUCUCUUCAUCGGAAUCCUUUAUCUUUCAUCGGCAUCCUUUAAUCUUUUCGUCGGCAUCCUUUAUUUCUUCAUCGGCAUCCUUUAUCUCUUCGUCGGCAUUCUUUAUCUCUUCAUCGGCAUCCUUUAUCUCUUCAUCGGCAUCCUUUAUUUCUUCAUCGGCAUCCUUUAUCUCUUCGUCGGCAUUCUUUACCUCUUCAUCGGCAUCCUUUAUUUCUUCAUCGGCAUCCUUUAUCUCAUCGUCGGCAUUCCUUAUUACUUCAUCGGCAUCCUUUAUUUCUUCAUCGGCAUCCUUUAUCUCUUCAUCAGCAUCCUUUAUUUCUUCAUCGGCAUCCUUUAUCUCUUCGUCGGCAUCCUUUAUCUCUUCGUCGGAAUCCUUUAUCUCUUCAUCGGCACCCUUUAUUUCUUCAUCGGCAUCCUUUAUUUCUUCAUCGGCAUCCUUUAUUUCUUCAUCGGCAUCUUUAUCUCAUCGUCGGCAUUCCUUAUCUCUUCAUCGGCAUCUUUUAUUUCUUUAUCGGCAUCCUUUAUCUCUUCAUCGGCAUCCUUUAUCUCUUCGUCGGCAUCCUUUAUUUCUUCAUCGGCAUUCUUUAUCUCUUCAUCGGCAUUCUUUAUCUCUUCAUCGGCAUCCUUUAUCUUUUCGUCGGCAUCCUUUAUCUCUUCAUCGGCAUCCUUUAUUUCUUCAUCGGCAUCCUUUAUCUCUUCGUCGGCAUUCUUUAUAUCUUCGUCCGCAUCCUUUAUCUCUUCAUCGGCAUCCUUUAUCUCUUCGUCGGCAUCCUUUUUUUCUUCAUCGGCAUCCUUUAUCUUUUCGUCGGCAUUAUUUAUCUCUUCAUCGGCAUCCUUUAUUUCUUCAUCGGCAUCCUUUAUCUCUUCGUCGGCAUCCUUUAUUUCUUCAUCGGCAUCCUUUAUCUUUUCGUCGGCAUCCUUUAUCUCUUCGUCGGCAUCCUUUAUUUCUUCAUCGGCAUCCUUUAUCUCUUCGUCGGCAUUCUUUAUCUCUUCGUCGGCAUCCUUUAUCUCUUCAUCAGCAUCCUUUAUCUCUUCGUCGGCAUCCUUUAUUUCUUCAUCGGCAUCCUUUAUCUCUUCGUCGGCAUUCUUUAUCUCUUCAUCGGCAUCCUUUAUUUCUUCAUCGGCAUCCUUUAUCUCUUCGUCGGCAUUCUUUAUUUCUUCAUCGGCAUCCUUUAUCUCUUCAUCGGCAUCCUUUUUUUCUUCAUCGGCAUCCUUUAUCUUUUCGUCGGCAUUCUUUAUCUCUUCAUCGGCAUCCUGUAUUUCUUCAUCGGCAUCCUUUAUCUCUUCGUCGGCAUCCUUUAUUUCUUCAUCGGCAUCCUUUAUCUUUAUCUCUUCACCGGCAUCCUUUAUUUCUUCAUCGGCUUUAUCUUUAUCUUUAUUUUCAUCGGCAUUCUUUAUUUCUUCAUAGGCAUCCUUUAUCUCUUCGUCGGCAUUCUUUAUUUCUUCAUCGGCAUCCUUUAUCUCUUCAUCGGCAUCCUUUAUUUCUUCGUCGGCAUUCUUUAUCUCUUCGUCGGCAUCCUUUAUUUCUUCAUCGGCAUCCUUUGUCUCUUCAUCGGCAUCCUUUAUCUCUUCAUCGGCAUCCUUUAUUUCUUCAUCGGCAUCCUUUAUCUCUUCGUCGGCAUUCUUUAUUUCUUCAUCGGCAUCCUUUAUCUCUUCAUCGGCAUCCUUUAUCUCUUCGUCGGCAUCCUUUAUUUCUUCGUCGGCAUUCUUUAUCUCUUCGUCGGCAUCCUUUAUUUCUUCAUCGGCAUCCUUUAUCUCUUCAUCGGCAUCCUUUAUUUCUUCAUCGGCAUCCUUUAUCUCUUCAUCGGCAUCCUCUUCAUCGGCAUCCUUUAUCUCUUCAUCGGCAUCUUUAUUUCUUUCGGCAUCCUUUUUCUUCAUCGGCAUCCUUUAUCUCUUCGUCGGCAUUCUUUAUUUCUUCAUCGGCAUUCUUUAUCUCUUCAUCGGCAUCCUUUAUCUCUUCCUCGGCAUUCUUUAUCUCUUCGUCGGCAUCCUUUAUCUCUUCGUCGGCAUCCUUUAUUUCUUCAUCGGCAUCCUUUAUCUCUUCAUCGGCAUCCUUUAUCUCUUCAUCGGCAUCCUUUAUUUCUUCAUCGGCAUCCUUUAUCUCUUCAUCGGCAUCCUUUAUUUCUUCGUCGGCAUUCUUUAUCUCUUCGUCGGCAUCCUUUAUUUCUUCAUCGGCAUCCUUUGUCUCUUCAUCGGCAUCCUUUAUCUCUUCAUCGGCAUCCUUUAUUUCUUCAUCGGCAUCCUUUACCUCUUCAUCGGCAUCCUUUAUCUCUUCGUUCUUUAUCUCUUCGUCGGCAUCCUUUAUCGGCAUCCUUUAUCUCUUCAUCGGCAUCCUUUAUUUCUUCAUCGGCUUUAUCUCUUCGUCGGCAUUCUUGUUUCUUCAUCGGCAUCCUUUAUCUCUUCAUCGGCAUCCUUUAUUUCUUCAUCGGCAUCUUUAUCUUUUUCGGCAUCCUUUAUUUCUUUCAUCGGCAUCCUUUAUCUCUUCGUCGGCAUCCUUUAUCUCUUCGUCGGCAUCCUUUAUCUCUUCAUCGGCAUCCUUUGUCUCUUCAUCGGCAUCCUUUAUCUCUUCGUCGGCAUUCUUUAUUUCUUCAUCGGCAUCCUUUAUCUCUUCAUCGGCAUCCUUUAUCUCUUCGUCGGCAUCCUUUAUUUCUUCGUCGGCAUUCUUUAUCUCUUCGUCGGCAUCCUUUAUUUCUUCGUCGGCAUUCUUUAUCUCUUCAUCGGCAUCCUUUAUCUCUUCAUCGGCAUCCUUUAUCUCUUCAUCGGCAUCCUUUGUCUCUUCAUCGGCAUCCUUUAUUUCUUCAUCGGCAUCCUUUAUCUCUUCAUCGGCAUCCUUUAUCUCUUCAUCGGCAUCCUUUAUUUCUUCAUCGGCAUCCUUUAUCUCUUCGUCUGCAUCCUUUAUUUCUUCGUCGGCAUUCUUUAUCUCUUCGUCGGCAUCCUUUAUCUCUUCAUCGGCAUCCUUUGUCUCUUCAUCGGCAUCCUUUAUCUCUUCAUCGGCAUCCUUUAUUUCUUCGUCGGCAUUCUUUAUUUCUUCGUCGGCAUUCUUUAUUUCUUCAUCGGCAUCCUUUAUCUCUUCGUCGGCAUUCUUUAUUUCUUCAUCGGCAUCCUUUAUCUCUUCGUCGGCAUUCUUUAUUUCUUCAUCGGCAUCCUUUAUCUCUUCAUCGGCAUCCUUUAUCUCUUCGUCGGCAUCCUUUAUUUCUUCAUCGGGCUUUAUCUCUUUCGGGCAUCUUUUAUUUCUUCGUCGGCAUUCUUUAUUUCUUCGUCGGCAUCCUUUAUUUCUUCAUCGGCAUCCUUUUUCUCUUCAUCGGCAUCCUUUAUCUCUUCAUCGGCAUCCUUUAUUUCUUCAUCGGCAUCCUUUAUCUCUUCGUCGGCAUCCUUUAUUUCUUCAUCGGCAUCCUUUAUCCUCUCUUCUUCAUCGGCAUCUUUUUUUUAUCUCUUCGUCGGCAUCCUUUAUUUCUUCGUCGGCAUUCUUUAUCUCUUCGUCGGCAUCCUUUAUCGGCAUCCUUUGUCUCUUCAUCGGCAUUUUUCUUCAUCGGCAUCCUUUAUUUCUUGCAUCCUUUAUCUCUUCAUCGGCAUCCUUUAUUUCUUCAUCGGCAUCCCUUUCAUCGGCAUCCUCUUCAUCGGCAUCCUUUCGGCAUUUCUUCGUCGGCAUUCUUUAUCUCUUCGUCGGCAUCCUUUAUUUCUUCAUCGGCAUCCUUUGUCUCUUCAUCGGCAUCCUUUAUCUCUUCAUCGGCAUCCUUUAUUUCUUCAUCGGCAUCCUUUAUCGGCAUCCUCUUCGUCGGCAUUCUUUAUUUCUUCAUCGGCAUCCUUUAUUUCUUCGUCGGCAUCCUUUAUCUCUUCGUCGGCAUCCUUUCACUUCUUCGUCGGCAUUCUUUAUCUCUUCGUCGGCAUCCUUUAUUUCUUCAUCGGCAUCCUUUGUCUCUUCAUCGGCAUCCUUUAUUUCUUCAUCGGCAUUUCUUUCGGCAUCCUCUUCAUCGGCAUCCUUUAUCUCUUCAUCGGCAUCCUUUUAUUUCUUCAUCGGCAUCCUUUAUCUCUUCGUCGGCAUCCUUUAUUUUUUUCGUCGGCAUUCUUUAUUUCUUCAUCGGCAUCCUUUAUUUCUUCAUCGGCAUCCUUGUCUCUUCAUCGGCAUCCUUUAUCUCUUCAUCGGCAUCCUUUUUAUUUCUUCAUCGGCAUUCUUUCAUCGGCAUUUAUCUCUUCAUCGGCAUUUCUUUCGGCAUUCUUUAUCUCUUCGUCGGCAUCCUUUAUUUCUUCGUCGGCAUCCUUUUAUUUCUUCAUCGGCAUCCUUUAUCUCUUCAUCGGCAUCCUUUAUCUCUUCAUCGGCAUCCUUUAUUUCUUCAUCGGCAUUCUUUAUUUCUUCGUCGGCAUCCUUUAUUUCUUCAUCGGCAUCCUUUAUCUCUUCAUCGGCAUCCUUUAUUUCUUCGUCGGCAUCCUUUAUUUCUUCUCUUCAUCCUUUCGGCUUCCUUUAUUUCUUCAUCGGCAUCCUUUGUCUCUUCAUCGGCAUCCUUUUCUCUUCAUCAUCGGCAUCCUUUUUUCUUCAUCGGCAUCCUUUAUUUCUUCGUCGGCAUUCUUUAUCUCUUCGUCGGCAUCCUUUAUUUCUUCAUCGGCAUCCUUUGUCUCUUCAUCGGCAUCCUUUAUCUCUUCGUCGGCAUCCUUUAUUUCUUCGUCGGCAUUCUUUAUUCUUUAUCUUUAUCUCUUCGUCGGCAUCCCUUUCGGCAUUUAUUUCUUCAUCGGCAUCCUUUAUCUCUUCAUCGGCAUCCUUUAUCGGCUUCAUCGGCAUCCUUUAUUUCUUCAUCGGCAUUCUUUAUCCUUUAUUUCUUCAUCGGCAUCCUUUAUUUCUUCGUCGGCAUUCUUUAUCUCUUCGUCGGCAUCCUUUAUUUCUUCAUCGGCAUCCUUUAUCUCUCUUCAUCGGCAUCCUUUAUUUCUUCAUCGGCAUCCUUUAUUUAUCCUUUUUCUUCAUCGGCAUCCUUUAUUUCUUCGUCGGCAUCCUUUAUUUCUUCUUCGUCGGCAUUCUUUCGGCAUCCUUUUUCUUCAUCGGCAUCCUUUAUCUCUUCAUCGGCAUCCUUUAUCUCUUCGUCGGCAUCCUUUAUUUCUUCGUCGGCAUCCUUUAUCUCUUCGUCGGCAUCCUUUAUUUCUUCAUCGGCAUCCUUUAUCUCUUCAUCGGCAUCUUAUUUCUUCGUCGGCAUUCUUUCAUCGGCAUCCUUUAUUUUUCAUCGGCAUUCUCUUCAUCGGCAUCCUUUAUCUCUUCAUCGGCAUCCUUUAUUUCUUCAUCGGCAUCCUUUAUCUCUUCAUCGGCAUCCUUUAUCUCUUCGUCGGCAUCCUUUAUCUCUUCAUCGGCAUCCUUUAUUUCUUCAUCGGCAUCCUUUAUCUCUUCGUCGGCAUCCUUUAUUUCUUCAUCGGCAUCCUUCAUCGGCAUCCUUUAUUCUUUAUUUCUUCAUCGGCAUCCUCUUUCGGCAUCUCUUCGUCGGCAUCCUUUAUUUCUUUCGGUCGGCAUCCUUUAUUUCUUCAUCGGCAUCCUUUAUUUCUUCAUCGGCAUCCUUUAUUUUUGUCGGCAUCUUUAUUUCUUCGUCGGCAUCCUUUUUUUCUCUUCAUCGGCAUCCUUUAUCUUUCAUCGGCAUCCUUUAUUUCUUCAUCGGCAUCCUUUAUUUCUUCGUCGGCAUCCUUUAUUUCUUCGUCGGCAUCCUUUAUUUCUUCGUCGGCAUCUUUAUCUCUUCAUCGGCAUCCUUUAUCUCUUCAUCGGCAUCCUUUAUCUCUUUUCCUUUAUUUCUUCAUCGGCAUCCUUUAUCUCUUCGUCGGCAUCCUUUAUUUCUUUCGCAUCCUUUAUCUCUUCGUCGGCAUUCUUUUCUCUUCAUAUCUUUUCUUCGGCAUCCUUUAUCUCUUCAUCAUCUCCAUCGGCAUCCUUUUAUUUCUUCAUCGGCAUCCUUUAUCUUCGUCGGCAUCCUUUAUCUCUUCGUCGGCAUCCUUUAUCUCUUCAUCGGCAUCCUUUUUUCUUCAUCGGCAUCAUCGGCAUUCUUUAUCUCUUCAUCGGCAUCCUUUAUCUCUUCAUCGGCAUCCUUUUUUUCUUUAUCCUUUAUCUUUUCGUCGGCAUUCUUUAUCUCUUCAUCGGCAUCCUUUAUCUCUUCAUCGGCAUCCUUUGUCUCUUCAUCGGCAUCCUUUAUCUCUUUGUCGGCAUUCUUUAUCUCUUCAUCGGCAUCCUUUAUUUCUUCAUCGGCAUCCUUUAUCUCUUCGUCGGCAUCCAGAGUCGAGGCAUACACAAUGAAAAUAAUUAUGUCUAUCCCUCACCCUCCUCGGUUAGAGAACCUUCAUCGGGGAAUCUUGUUUCGCUGAGUACAGCGAUAUCUACAUUGGAUACGGAAAAAAAGAGAAAAUUAUCUAUCUCAGUAUGUCCAUAUCUAUCUAUCUAUCUAUCUAUCUAUCUAUCUAUCUAUCUAUCUAUCUAUCUAUCUAUCUAUCUAUCUCAGUCUGUUCAUUAUCUAUCUAUCUAUCUAUCUAUCUAUCUAUCUAUCUCAGAAAGCCUACCUACUCCUAUCUAUCUAUCUAUCUAUCUAUCUAUCUAUCUAUCUAUCUAUCUAUGCAUGUGCAUAUAUAUCUAUUUCUCCCUCUUUAUCAAUCUGUCUUUAUGUAUUCAUAUAUUUAUUUACAAUGUUUCCUCUCAUCAAUGUCUCUAUUUAUCACGCACUAUAUUUCAGAAGAAGUCAUAG